UUUGGCCUUAAUGGUUCCUUCUGACAGUUCAGGGUCUCUAUCCCGUGAAUUGUUCACAACUCAGAUUCUUAGCCCCGUAUGCUCGGCGUCAGAAGUUGGAAUCGCCUGGCAGCGAGUGCUGUGGACAGUCACACGUGCAUGGUUUGGUAUAUAUACUUCACCUUGGGCUCGCUGCUGCUGCAGUCUGCCAUCCAUCUUGAAUGUCUCCUCCGACUACAUGCAGCGGGCCCCAUGCAGCCAUCCAGUACCGCCUAGCUCUCGAAUUAUUAUUGAUGAUCAAGGAGAACAUCGCCGAGCAUGACAUCCGUACACAUGUCUGUUUCUACACUGCUUGCCCUCAAUUUGCUGAGCUCUAUGGCUCUACGGCGGAGCGCAAUGCACUGUUCAAACGAGCGUGCUGGCUCAAUGGACUAGGCCUGUCAUUUGAAGAGAGCAACGAUAUGGAUGACGAGUGGACUAAUAUUGCUGUUCACACCAUCGAGGUCGAUGGCUUCUGCAAACAUCCGCAAUGCGGCCAAGCGCGACUGGAUAGCAAUGUCGAAGCCAUGCGGAGUGUUGGACUUGAUGCUCCAGGGAUGGAAAAUGGCCGGCUAAGCCUUAGACCCCAUGAAGGCUGGCGCACGGCGUCUGCUCAAACAGCGCUCGAUUAUAUCCACUUCGAAGUUCGAGGGGGCAUCCGGCAUGAGGUGGAGAACGCGCACCUGCAUCCGGUGUCCUCCAUACCGAGCGUGGCCACACCCAGAACAUGUCGCAUCGACCGUCACCCCAUCGUGGCGCGCAGCUAUGCGACGUUUCCUCCGGUUGCGCAACUACACUUUGAGUUCAUGCUGUACUUCCCUCAAAUUUGGAUCCAGCAGCUACGUGGUGUGACUGUCUGGAACGUUCAGAUGCAAUUCAUAGAGGCCCUGCUCGACGAGCCUCUCUACGUGUCCAACCUCCACGAGUUUCUGGCAGAGUUCGGAGAUAUGGUGCCUCCGCAAUGGUCGCCUCUCAAAGUAUGCAAAGAAAUAGGGACUGUGCGAAGCAUUUUCAAUUUCGUGACUAUUGCAAAGUGGUCCUACACAGGAAAAAGUUCGGAUGGACCGGUGUAUGAAUUUUGCCUUCGUCGGCUAUCAAGGGGCUCAUAGGAAGCGGGUCAUGGACUUUGUGACCGCAGCAUCAACUGUUAUUUAGUUUCGACUGGUAUGUACUAUGUAUGGUCGUCACUGUGUAGAGCCUACUCGCGAACAAACAAGAUCUAUUACGUGGCUGAGCGCUGGGUCC